ACUUCGCUUCACUAGUUCACUGUAAAAAAGAGUGGCGAUGCAAAAAGGGCAAAGGCGAAAAACGAAAAAAGGGGCAAAACAGUGAGGCAAGGUGGAGGAGUUUGCCUCGCCUAUGGAGAGAGUUGGCUUCUGAAGCGUCACUCGCUUAGCCCUGCAAAAGGAAGCUGCGAAUUGUUUUAGGGUUCACAUUUGUGAAACAUUUUUCAAUUGAGAGCCUGUAGCGGAGAUAAUUGCUUGCUGAUAAAAAAUGGCACCCAACCCUAGGGUGACUGCAGCCUAUCGUGCAAUGACUGUUCUUGGCAUUAAGGAAGUUAAAGUUAAACCAGUAUUGAAGCAACUUCUCAAACUGUAUGAUAAGAACUGGGAACUUAUCGAACAAGAGAACUAUAGAGCUCUUGCAGAUGCUAUAUUUGAGCAGGAGGAAAAAGAGUUGCAGGGAAAGAGGAAAAAAAACCAGGACAAUGAUGAAGGAGAGAUGGAGGAUGAAGAAGCUCAGAUGCAAGAUGAAUCAGUGCGACCUUUGAAGAGGUUACGUUUAAGAGGCCAAGAGAAUCAGGCUUCACAACCUCUGAGUAUUUGCGGAACCAGUUCAGCUGCCUCCCCAUCUAAAAUACCUAAAGUAGAAGAUGAUAAAGUGCCUGAAAGAUGUUCCCACCAGCAGCCUCAAUACAAGGCAAUGUCGCCUCAGUCCAAUAAAAGUGCAGAGACUGAAGUUCGCCCUGCCCCGGUGCGAGAUAGCAUUGUUAACAAGGGAAAGCAACCUUUAUCACCUCAAGCUGCUCCUGGAGGAAGAAGAUUUGGAUCCGAAAGAGCAUCUCCAUCAGUGCCAUGUAAAGAACCUACAGCUGAACGGAGAAUUGUGCCGCUACAGAAAGACCAGUUGCCCUAUACUUAUGCAUUAAUCAAGCCCAAAGAUGAGCCUAUAGAUGAACUGGUAGAUUAUGAUGCUCCUAUUGCAGCAAUUCUUCCUGAACUGCCUGGUGGAAGAGACCCUCCGAUGCAGCAUGAUCCAACUAGAAAACAAGACAGGAAUGGUUCUUUAAUGUCAAAAUGUGGAGAUGAUGGUAGAGGCAAAGGUAUUCGGGAUUCAUCAGAUGAAGCGAACCAUGAGGUUGCAACAAACCAAGAAUGUUCUACUAUAGAGAUAGCCUCCUCAACAUCAGGAGAGGUAAAAAUUACUAUGAGCUGCAGCUCAGCUCCUGGGAGAUCAGAAUUUCGUUUGCCUAGUCGAGAUCAACUUUUAAAAAUGAUGGAGGAUAAAUGUCUGCAAUCAUAUAAUAUCACUGACCCAAAUUUUUCUAUCACGAAACUGUUGAGAGAUAUGUGUGACUGCGUGUUGGAAUUCAGAACUGAUUCAAAUGAUGACUCACAGGAGGGAUCUGAAAUGAUGACAUCAAGUCUUGUAUUGAAGGAAUCGCAAGCACGUGAUGCUCUGAAUAUCAGAGGCAAUACAGAAGAUUUAGGAAUGCAUGCUGGCACGUCAAAUGGAUCAAUCAACAUUCAGUCUUCUUCUGCACUGGUUGCAUCUCGCAUUUCCACUUCUCCCCCGCUUUUGAGUGGUAUGAAUGGUGCUAUACCAGUCACCAAUAAGGCCGGAAGUGAUUUUCCAGAGUGUGGUGAUGGAAAAGGGCUGGAGGAUCCUACAUCUCCACAUUUAGGUAGUUUGGUUGUUGUUCAACAGCAUCAGCUUACUCCCGAUGAUCUAAGGUCUCUUCAUGGUGCUGAAGACCUUUCAAAAGGAGAAGAAAAUCUUAGAAUUCCAUGGGUGAAUGAAAUAACUAAUGAUUUCCCUCCACCUUUUCACUAUCUGCACCAAAGCAUUGGUUUCAGAGAUGCUUAUGUUAACUGGUGUCUUUCAAACAUAAAGUGUGAGGAUUACUGUUCAACUUGUUUGGGCGAUUGUCUUCUGUCCCCAGCGUCUUGUGUUUGUGCAAAUAAAACUGAGGGUGGAUAUGCAUACACGUCUGAAGGGCUACUGAAGGAAAAGUUCUUGGAAGAGUGUAUUACCAUUAGCCGCAACCCUCAACAACAUCAGUUCUAUUGUAGAACCUGCCCUCUUGAAAGAGCAAAGAAUGAUGAUUGUUUAGAACCAUGCAAAGGACACUUAAAGAGAAAGUUUAUCAAAGAAUGUUGGGUGAAAUGUGGCUGUGUGAAACAAUGCGGCAAUAGGGUUGUCCAACGAGGAAUCACUUUCCAAUUGCAGGUGUUUUUCACUUCAGAAGGAAAAGGAUGGGGUCUUCGUACCUUAGAGGAGCUGCCAAAAGGUGCAUUUGUGUGUGAAUUUGUGGGAGAAAUAUUAACUCUCAAAGAGUUGCACGAGAGAAACAUGCAGUGUGCCCAAAAUGGAACAUACACAUAUCCAGUUCUAUUAGAUGCAGAUUGGGAUUCAGGGGUUAUAACUGAUAAAGAAGCUCUUUGCUUGGACGCGGCAUCUUAUGGGAAUAUUGCUAGGUUUAUAAAUCACAGAUGUUUGGAUGCAAACCUGAUCGAAAUCCCAGUUGAAGUUGAAACCUCGGAUCAUCACUACUUUCAUCUUGCUUUCUUCACAUCCAGAAAAGUAGCUGCACUGGAAGAGCUUACUUGGGAUUAUGGCAUUGACUUUGAUGACAAUGAGGGUCCUGUUAAGCCAUUCUCUUGCAGAUGUGGCAGCAAGUUCUGCAGGAAGAUGAAGCGAUCAACUAGGUCCAAUAGAUCUGCUUCUGUUGCAUGAUGAUAGCUGUGCCCCAAAAACUAAUAUCGACGUCUCACUCUUGCCCACCGCGAAUAGGAACAGACUCGAUCUAAUGAAUCGGGCUUGUUUCUCUUUUGACGUUGGAGGUUGGGCAACAGUUGCAGUGUACAAUGUUUUUUAAGAGUCUAUCGUUGCUUUCAAGAACAGUGUGUCGUUGUUUUGUUACCGGACCAUCCAGCAGCAGGGGGCUGGUUUCUCAGUAGAGGAUUGUUCUGUAAACUGUUAUUCGAUGUUGCGCCUAAUGCAUGGCAGACCUCAGAAAGCCCUUUGGCCAUUUCUGUAGUUAAGUUGAAAAGAAAUGAUCAUGCACAUGUUAAGCAAAUCUAUUAUUUCCGAGGGGGUGAAACAGUUGAGGAACGCUGCCUCUAUCGACGCAA